CCCGCCUGGGCGGAGUUGUGCCCGUGCCCGGUCGGGCCUGCACCCACCGUGCGUGCCGGGCUAGCGAGGCUGCAGCGAAAGGUGCGCUGGCCAGCGGGAUUUUGGGCUCUGUCGCUGUCUCUGCGCCACCGAGAUGCCGCAGUUGAGGUCAGGGAAGGUGGUGAGAAGCAGCGAGGUGAAGCUGGUUGAGCCGGAGGUCGGCAGCCCCGCCUCUCCGCCGGCAGGGUGCGAGCCGGAGGGAGAGCUGGUGGUCCUGCGGAGUCGUCGUCUGGCACCAAAGAGAAAGCCUGAGCAGCCCUUGGCUUCCUUUCCGCAACCUGCCAGGCUCUCUUGCGCUUCCUUUAAGUGUCUUGCUUUUCCUGUGCCCAUGCAGAGGGAGCAAGGUGAGAACAGACAGAAAUUCCCACGUAAAAAAACCAAGGGAAUCCAGCCCAGGAAGUCUCCCCGAAGAAGUAAGGGUGUAGCUUCACUAGUUUCAGACGCAGCUGAGUGUGAAGAUUGGCAAGCAGCAGCCACGGGUGCAGCAAUGUGCUGGGAAGUGACUCUGAGAGGGACAGGUCAAAGUCAGCAGCCGUUCCAGUUCUCAGGAACUACUUUGCAGAAAAAGUUCUCAGGAGGGAUUGAAAGGAAUGAAUGUUGCUCAGAAGACCUGAACUUCUCAGGUUUCCACAAGGGUUCAGGGAGCUCAGGAACAGAAGGCAAACAUUCCUGUAUGGAAAUAAAAUUACAAGUCCCAAACUUGAAGAGGGAAUUUGAGAGCACAGAGAGACACGGAAUAUCCGGUUUUCCAGAGCCAGAAGUUCUUCAACCCAAAAAGGUCACAUGGAGUACUGAAGUGAGAUGUACUGACUCUACGAUGAUGCAGAAUAUGCAAAUCCCAGAUUUUAGGAAGAAUUUGGGUGCUCAGGAAGUUGUCCUUGAACCAAAACCUCAGGAAGAGGUUGAUAUACUAGAGAAGUUGAAUGGCUGUCUGUUAGUUGGAUCAAAAGCGCUAGGGACACAGGAAAAAGAAGGGAGAUGCUUGGGCAAGAAAGGCAGAUCAGUGAGGAAACCAAAAGUACAUGGUCCCAAGGAGAGGGGUAGUUCUGCCUUGCUUAAACAGCAUGCACCGUGUCCAGAGUCCAGGAAAGGAGCUCAGAGUACGAGGAACAGAAAUGCCUUGCUGUCACAGCAGCUGCAGGAUCUGAGUGGACAAGAACAACCAGCAACCAGAAGAAAGACUCAGAAGCGUUGCAUGAAAGAAGAGCAGCAGAGCUCAAGCCCUCAGAAGCGACCAGACAGCCCAGGGGAAAGUGCAGAGGAACAGUUGAAAGCAAUUGAGCAAGACUCUGGUACUUCACAGGCUGUAAAGAAGGUUAAGACAAAGCGAAACAGGGUAGAAGAUUCUAAGGAAAAGGAAUCUCACUAUUCUAGAUCUUCUACAGUUUCUACUUCAGGUGACACUGAAAGCAAGAGCUUUCUAUGCCAUGCUGUGACAGAAGAGCCUGGUGUGCAGUAUAGAAAAAGGCAACACAGAUCUGUUCAUAUCAAGCACUUGCAAAGUUUAAGUGGGACUGCAGCUGGAAAGGUGAUGAAUACAUCUGCAAAAUGUGGUGCUGAACAUGGCAGUAAUGCCCUAAACCAUUGUAGUGGCUUGCUCUGUGCAGCUGAAAAGAAUCCAUUUGUGGUAUUGGAGGACUGUAGUUACAUCAAUACAUUAGUGAAGCCUUCAGCUAGUGGAACUACCAACAGUUACAAGUUAAAUGGAUUCUUCCAUGUAACCCAUGGUACUGGAGACCUGAAUGACAGAAUUUGCAGCACUAGUAGAAUGCAAAAUGAGAGAUCUCUCAUAAAAGAUGGUUUAUCACCUAAUAAAGAAAAGAAUGAAAAUGAAAAAGGCUGUGUUUCACGCUGCCUGAGUGAAAGCAGUAAGUGUUUAAGGGGAAAAAAGUGUAAUAUUGGUAGAAAGCCUAGAAAAAAGAUGAAAAUCACAGAGAAAUCUGCAGACGUGGCUAGUAAAUGCAAGAAGUGUGAGUUACAAACAGAAGCAGCAGUUGCCGUGUCAAGCUCAUUUUCAGGUUCAGGACUAAAUCAUACUUUCUCAGCUUCAUGUGAUCAUACAUCACAUUUCGAUACAGAAAAAAAUACUCAGGAAGUACAAGCUGUAUCAGCCUGGAGAAAGAAUAGAACCAAAUUACUUGCAUUUGAAACUGGCUUUAAGAAGACAUCUGAGCUCUCUGCAAUAGUAAAAGGAGAAAAUUCAAGCAGUGUGGCACAUUAUGCAGCUGCCUCAGAUAGUCUUGGAGCGUUAGCUCAGAUCCGUGAUGUUUCUCAUCGUCAAAAAAGCAAGACAGGAGGAAAUUUGAACAAAGUUACUAAGAAAUUGCAGCAGUUUACCUGUCAAAGAACAAUACCCAUGACUGGUAAAAAAGUUUGGCCUGUUGAAUCUUGUGCCAGGACUUCUGAAUGGUUUCUUAAAAAUCAUAGGUUCAUCUCAGAAGGAAAAAGACAUUCAAAGGCUGCUUUUGAGGAUUCCUCUGAUAAAAGCACUGUGAAAGCUGUGGAACAUAGUGCAGUGACUGGGAAUGUGAGACAGCUAGAUUUGCAUACAUCAUUGGCAGAAAUUGGAAAAGAAAUUACACCUAAAAAGAUUGAUCCAAAUAUUGACUGUCAGGCUUCACUUGAAACAAUGGAAUCCUCUUCUGUGGAUAUUUAUCAGACUUUGACAAUGAACAAUGAAAAUGGGGAAUCACCAGUUAAUACAGAUAAAAGUGCUGUGGCUUUUGACCAUGAUGAUGUGCAAGAAGUUAAAGCAAACUUGAAUUUUACAGCAAAACAAAGAGAUGAAGCUGAAGGAGAUGUAAUUGAAAGAAACAUGUCUGUGACAGUCCAGAAUGGUACAAUAAAACAAGAAGAUAAAGAUGAAGGAGUUGUGACAAACAGAGACCUGUCUGUGACAGUCCAGAAUGGCACGACAAAACAAAAGGAUAAAAAUGAAGGAGAGGUGACAAACAGAAACCUGUCUGUGACAGUCCAGAAUGGUAGGACAAAACAAAAGGAAAAAAAUGAGGGCGAUGUGACAAAUAGAAACCUGCCUGUGAUGGUCCAGAACAGUAUAACAGAACAGAAGGAUGAAAAUGAAGGAGGUGUGACAAGUAGAAACCUGUCUGUGACAAUCCAGAGUGGUACUUUUGCAAGUAACACAAACAGUAUAAACUUCAGCCCUAAAGUAUCAGUAGGGAACCAGACAUUUUCUGAUUUAAACCUAAUUAAACCAUUAACCUCUGGAAACUUGACAAAAUUCAAAAUUCCUUUAUGUAGAAACAAACCUAAAUCCAAGAAACGAGAAUUUGUCCAUUCAUUUCAAAGCAAAACUUGUAGUCCACUGCAGCUUCUUGAAAGCACCAGUCAAGGAAGGCAGAAGACAGGUGAAAAGACUGUCUUGGUAAAAUCUGAGCAGCGUCCUCUUGCUGUCAUGAGUGAUGCCACAUCUCCAGUUUCCAUACAGAAAAAAGCAGAUGAGAUUGAUAGUAAGGACUUCCAGCAUAAUGGCUCUGUAAACCUCUCUGAUGAGAUGUCUGUGCUCCCUGAAAGAUUUUCUACAUACCCACAUCCUCUUCUUGAUGGACAGCCAGAGCCAUCUGUGCCUGAUUUCUAUGGUACUGAGUGUGUGCUGAAAUCUAGUUUUCCUGAUCAUUCUUGGAAUGCAGUCGACCACCUUGUUGGAUUAGAAAUAAAGGGUGAUAGAAAAUCAAGAGGGAAUUUUUCACAAUGCAAAAGUCAAAAUUUACCAGAUGUCCUUGAAGCUUACAACCAAGAUGUUCUUGUCAUUGAUGUGAUUCAGGAUGACCCUGACCUUUUUGGAACCAGUAAUGAAGAGGAGCCUGCACCUACACGCUGUGAAAAUUGUCCAGUGAAAGCAUCCUCUGCAAACUGCAUUAAAGACACAAAGGUCUAUAUUAAGCCUGAGUCUCCUGUUACCUCAGAAAAGACAUAUUCGCUAGAGAGUAGUUUUAGAUGCAUGCAAGAAUCUGGAAAGUCAAGUGAUACUGAAAAUUCCUGUAAUUUGGUGUUAAAAGCUGAAGAUGUGAAGACCCACAACUCCUCCAGAGGAAGCAGUCCUUCAGGAGAUGUUAGUGAGGACUUUCUUAAAGAUAGGCAACAGAGCAAACUAGAUGAUCUUUUGACAAGUUUGGACGUGGAUGAGAAGUUCAAGCUUGCAGAUGCAGUGCCUGAUGUUGAAGAAGAAAAUAAGAGUGAAGCUGGAAAAAGCAGUGACUGUAAAUACAAAGUGAACUGUGAAUUGCUAUCACGAGUGCCACUGAAUGACCGAAAAGUAGAUCUCUUCAGUGGAACUACAGAGAUGAAAUCCUGGACAAAUGGUUGCAGAUCGUCAGGAAGAAGUACUUCACUGCCAUUGAAGAAUUGUGCAGAUUUUGAGCCAUGGCAGAUGGAGAAAAAUGCAAGUGCUUCUCCUUCAGUCCAGCAGAUCCUUGAUGCACUUAACUUGCCCCGUAAAUACUGCAGAUAUUAUUUCAUGACUUCACGUGGGUGUGAAAGGACAAAAUGUUGGUUCUGUCAUGUUCCAGGACAAGGGGAUGAAAAGAUUUGCAUGGCAAUUCUUAGGACAUACAUUAGUAUCAAAGAAUCAGGCCUCCUAAAACGUGCAGUCCAGAUAUUUGUGCAGUAUUACAAAGAAGUUAGUCCUGGUGUGGAUUUUGCUUCUGAAGUGCUGAACAGUCUUCUUGUUUCAUUGCUCAAUAACUGCUUGUUGCAGGAAGUAUUUCAGAUAUUGAAUGUAAUUGUACAAAUCAAGACACUGCCAGCUGUAGAUGUUCUUCUGAAAGUUUUUGAUCAUGUGGCUUCUUUGAAUAUAAGAAAUGCUGUGCCUACAUUAAUCAGUACCUUCUGUAAGCUCACUGAUGCUGGUAUGUUCCUUGAGUCAGAACAUUUUGACUACAUUAUUAAGGUACUUCGCCAAUUGCAAGUUUCCAGUUGGGAAAUUAGUACUGUUAUAAACAUGAAAUCCAGAAUUAAGGAAAGGUGUUUUGAAAAGACAUGGAUUUUUGACUUCAACUUGGCAGUGGCUGAAAUUCAGCAUUGCAAGGAAAAAAGGGAUUGGACUAAGUUGGGAGCUUUGUAUCUUAAUGCAAGAACUGGAUGUGAAAAUUUUGAGGAUCUUCAGAAAUUGUUUUUAUCUAUUGCUGAAAUUUUAGCCAAAGAUUCUGAGACAGACAGACCAGGAGUCCCUUUUUGUGAUUUUGCUGAUAUAGUAAUGAAAAAUUCACAGCAUAAUAAAGCAGACAAACUUUUCAUUGGAAGGACUGGGAUAAGCGUAAUGUAUUCAUAUCACAAAGUACUGCAGUGGAUAAAGGGAAGGAAGGUUUUGGAUAAACUGCAUGAGCUACAGAUAGAUUUUACACUCUUGAAAGGACUUGUAGGUACAGGGAGAUCAGCAUCCAGAUGUCAGAUUGUUAAUAAAGCCACAGAAAUCUUUCUUUAUUCUGGAAAUUUGGAUGGAGCAACAAGGGUAUUGAGAGAGUCAGAGUGGAUCACAGAUGCACCCAUGUGGCCCUGUGAUAAAAUGGACAUCCUCAAUCGACAUAAUCUGUUAUGUGCAAUAGCACACAAAUACUUGAGGAAGAGUUUGUACAGGCAGGCAUUUGAAGUUCUGCAGAACUUACCGGGUUUGCAGAAACAUUCUGAUAUUAUAGAGGCUUCUCAAUACAGUUGCCUUUUUAACAAGCUGAUAAAUGCCUGUUUUGAGAACAAGAACCUUGCGGUCUCAUCUUCUGCAGUAGACUUCAUGCUUUCCAAAAAAAUUGCUAUUGAUUUUGUUUUACUUAGAGGAUUAAUCACAGCUUUGGGAAGAAGUUCUUUAUGGUCCAAAGCUAGGACCUAUUACAAAUAUGCUUUAUCACUGGGUUGCUACCCAGAGCUGCAGGGAAAUUUAUAUCAUAAAUUCCUGAAGAUUCCCUCUUACCUGUCUGAAGUUGAGAUGCUGUUGGCCAUUGAAAUAUUUCUUGUUUCAAAUGCCAGUGAUAUUCAAAGUUCCAGGACUACUAUUCAGACUCUUCAAAUAGUGCUGAAAAGAUCUGAAGAUACAGUUCAGAAUAGCAGUGCCUAUCACGAGGCAGUGGAGAGGCUGAUGCAGGCAGCUCAUUUAUCUGAUCCAAAGCUCUUUCUUAAGCGUUUGACAAUGAAUGUUAAUAUGGAAGAAGUUUACAGAGUGGAGCAUUCAUUUGCUCUAAAAUGGCUUCAGGAGAAUAUGAAAUGGGCUGAGAAGGUCUGGCUGUCCCAGUAGUUACUAAAUAGUUUCUGCUGUAUUCAGACUGUGCCUUACUGAUUUACACAAGGUUUCAAACUCAAGUUGUGGUUUUAAAUACUGUAUUGAUGAUAAUGCAGAUAAUAGCACAGAAAGAGCAAUUUUUUUCCCUAACCAUCACACUGACUUAUAUAGAUGUUUUGCAAUGGCAUCACCAGAUAAUGAGGAAGCUGCAGCCUCAGAACCUACAUUCUCCAUUCUUACAAAGAUUUAGCACUUAGCUUGUUUCUCCCAGCAGGUAAUCAUACAAGUGUAGUAUAAGCAUAGAUAAAAGUGUAGGUAAGUGCAUUGGUUGAGUGCAUCUGCUGUUCUUGGGUGAGACAUUUUCCAUAUUCAUUCAUUCAUAGUCUGCAGUAGUAAUACCUAUGUCCUUUUGUCUGCCUCACAGUAACUUGUGAGGUCACUGUCCCACCUGUUUGCACCUUAGAUCUUAAUUUCUUUGCUCCAAAAGCCCAAUAAAAAAGCACUAAGAGUAAAGUAACUUCAAAAUCAGUUGAGACAUGCCUGAUUUAGGAUACCUUUCUUCACAGAACUGAGAGCCUACACAUUGCUCACAGCUGAAGGUUUAGUUGACAAUUUAAUUAGAUAUUUAAUAUAUUAAUUAGAUAUUAGAUAUCUAAUUAAAUAUUAGAUAUUUAUUUGAUGUAGAUGAUAGCUUGUGUAUGGUUUCACAUUGGUAUAUAAUGAUACUUCCACUGAAAAGGAAAACUUGCAUUCUCCCUUGAUUGUGCUCUUAGAGAGAGGUAGGUUUGCCCAUUUUUUAGGUUCUGCCAACUGCAUGAUGAGAUGGAGAUGGAGAUUUCUAGCACGCUUGUUUCAUCAUUCCUGGUUCUUCAGGAUUUCUGCUUUUUUUUCCACCUGAAAAUUCUGAAUCACAUUCAAAGCAUGAGUUGCAUAAGUCACAUUCUACAGCCUGAGUAAGAAGAACCAAACAUUUAAUACCAGAAAACCUCUCAUGACAAAACAAUACAGCCUCUGUCAAAGUUGAUACUUACUGAGCUCACCACUUUUGUAGUGUUAGUUUAGAUCUUCAGCACCAACCUUCACAAACUUGCCAAUAAUACAGCUCUUUUGGUCCUGCUCUCCAUCCCCUCUAAAGCCUUUUGUUCUAAACACUUCAGCUUUUUUGGGUAUAGAAGUUCCUGAGUUUUUAGGCUGUUCCAUCAUAAGUGAGAUUAAGAUGGGAGCGCAGGACCUCAGUGUUUGAAAAAUGUCUCUCCUUUGGUGUAGCAUAAGUCUGUUCUCAGCUGCUGCAGCAUUAUUUCACAUGUCCUUUGCAGCUCUAAAUCAUGAAAGCCAUCAUGACCUUAGUACUGGAUGGUUGUGUGGAGGGUUUAGGUGUCAGGUUUUUCUCUUUGGGGGAGGUUGCCAUUCCAGUCUUGCAGUUUAUGCCAUUGAUCUGAUGUCAUGAAUCUGAUUGUCAGUUGUUGGAUUCCUGACCUCCUGAGGGCCAGGUCCUGAACUUUUUCAAUACCACUUUUCAUCGAGUCUGUUAAGGAGUUGCUACUGGAAGAGAGAGGAUUGAAUCUGAUGACCACCAAGAUCCCUACUUUCCUCCUGUGCCACCUGUACAGAAAAAUACUAGGAUAGAGGCUCUUGUUUUUUCACAGGGUAUCAUUCUUCUGUAGGGAUCAUCUGCCUGCCUUGUAAAAAAUGGUAGAUGCAAUACCAGUGGUACCAGAUGGCAUUUCUGGGGGAGCCAUUCACCUCAGUCUUAGAGUAAGUUUGCGCUGGUCCAAACAAACUCUGGGUUCUGCCCCUUCACAUUCAUGGAGAUGAUGACUCUGCCAUUUGUAAGGGUAUCCACCUGGUAAAAUCUAACUGGAUUCUGCUGAUUUUGCUUCCCAGUAGCUGGAAGACUGGGUAAGAAGUAAUCAGGUUUCAGGUGAGGCAUCUAAACUGAUGCUCUUGCAGGCACUCCAGCAUUAGUCUAAAGAGCAAUUUUGAAAGGUUCCAGCAAACUAAAACUGGUAGUAAGAAACAAAGUUAUUUUUGCUAAUUACUUCUUGUAAGAUCCUUUGUGGCUUAAUCUCCCUUGGAAUUAGACAGAGGCUAUCUGAACCUCAGCUAAACCCCUCAUUUCUGUGAGUGGUACCCAAUGUGGCUAAUAGUGUGUUUGACAGACACAGAAGGACAAAAUUCUCUUUGUAAUUUGUAUGGCUACAAAACUUGUGAUGUUUUAGAGACAGUAGAAUUUUUUCAUCUAUAAGCAGCCUUGAAUUUUCACUUAGAUCUUCCCCAGAACAAAACUCCAAAUGUUGCUUUGUUUUUCAGACAAAGGUUGAUCAUUGACCUUCAAGCUUAACUUGGAGCUCUGUAAAAUAUUUGCAAUGUUUUGGCUCCAUCUCCUGAGUAUCAUCUUCAGUUGAUAGGAUGUAAUCUCAGUUAUGUUUUAUAUUAACAAGCAAAGCAAGCUCCCCACAUCAUUGCUCAGAAGUUUUGUUACAACUGAAGCUUCUAGUGUGUGUCAAUAUAGUGUUUCUCUCUUUAUCACCAUGAUAAACCAGUAGGCAAUUGAAACAACUUUGCUGUUAAGUCCUGUAUUUCACUUUUUUGUUCUGUCUGGGUCCACGUGAAAUACAAUGCAAAUCUCGUCAUUUUGAUGUGUAUCAGAAGGCCAGAGUAACAUUCUCGGUAACAUUCUCAGUAUUUUGGUUAGAGAAAUUCCAUGUGCCAAACAGGACAAAACUCCACUGUGGAAUGGAAAUGAGCCCAGAAAGAUGGAAAAAGUAUCCUGAAGAAUAACAUUAAGUACAGCAGAGGCAAUGCAGUUUUGCAGAGCCUACUGAGGACCACUCAGUAGACAAUAUCCAUAUUUUUGCUUUCUCCCAUUAUAAGUUAAGCUGAAAGAACUUCUGUUUGACAUUAAACAACAUAUUUGGUAUCAUUUUUUCAUAGGAAAUAAAAUGUAUGUUUACCUGUUUGCAGAGAGAGAGAGAUGGAAAAAUGUGCAAAUAAAACCUUCCCUGUGCUGUGCUCAGUAGCUUGGAGUAGACAACACCGUGCUCCUUCAGUAUGUUGCUAGAUGCAUGAGAAAUUCCCUCUGUGAAAAUCUUUCUUCAGUUUUCACUGAUUACACACUAUGCUCUUGGGAAAAUUAUUUUUGUUGGGUGUGGACAGUUUCUUGUAACUAAAACAGAAUAAUGUGGAAGACUUACCACAGUUUUAUUUCAAAAUACUGAUAAUUUUGAGAGAUUCAAAAUGCAGGACAGAGGUGAGAAGCUGGAAGUAGGACCUUGAUGGUUUAUGGUGUUUUAUAAAGAGCAAUGGGGGAGGAAGGGGGAGCAUUUUGGAGGAGUUGUUAAGUUGUUAAUAAAUGUUUUUUUAAUAUUUAUAUAAAGCAUUCAAAAUAUC